CAUUUGUUAUUGUUAAUAUCCAUCAGUGAUGCUCGGACCCAAGCAACACUGGAGUCCAAACUGGAGGCCCUGCAGUGCCAUUUCACUUGGAAUCUGGACCCAGGAACAACUAAACUCUUCCGUCUCAGGGACCAGCUGAAGGACAUCGGCACAGAGGAGGGAUACAGCUGGCUGGGUCACAUUUACAACCUGCAAGGGUUCAUUCACUACCAGCUGGGGUUCACCGAUGAUGCCCUGCGUUUCUUCAGCAGAGCAGCAGAGGCCUUCCGCCAGAUGAGAAACACCGUCUCAGACGAGGGUCCCUGGUUGGUGGUGAACCACGGCAACCUGGCGUGGCUGCACCACCACCUGGGAGACCAAGCAGAGAGUCGGGCUUACCUGUCGAAGGCUGACGACUUGACGAAUGAAUACCCGUCUCCGUCCCAGGACCAGCUCCAUCCAGAGAUCUACGCAGAAAAAGCCUGGACCCUGAUGAAGUUUGGCACAGAAAAAAAGCUUCUGGCUGCAGAUUACUUCCAGAGAGCCAUCAGGAUGCAGCCGGACAUGGUGGAGUGGCACAGCAGCCACGUCAUAGGGUUAGUGGAUACUUUUAAGCAUAGCAACAAAAAGUUGGGGGCUGACAUCUUGGAAAAAAUGAAAAUCGCCAAGGAACACGAUCCAGAGAACUUGUACCUCGCUGCUCUGUACCUUGAGGCACGUGCUACGAAGGGAAAGCAAAUUGAAAGUAAAGCACGUGAGUUGGCCAGCAGGGUUUUAAGAAAACCCAUUAGCAGCUAUAGUGGUAUCAAACCUUUACUUAGGCUGUACAGAAUGUAUGUAUCUCCUGAUGAGGCCAUUGAUUUGGCUGAGGAAGUUCUGGAAAGACAUCCAGAUGAGCGAUAUCUGAAAAGAUGUGCAGCAAUCUGCUACAAAAAGAGGAUCUUUUUCCACAAAGACAAUCCCCUGGAGCACAGCAUGAUCCACAGAGCCAUAAAUCUCUAUGAGGAAGUGAUUCCUCUUUACCCUCUUUCUUCACUCAAGAGAAAAAUAUCUCUUGCAAACAUAUACGCAGAGUCGAAACACCGCGCUAAAGCUGACCAGAUAUACGAGGAACUGCUGGCGAGUGAUCUGGAUGCUGAAGGGGCACAGAUGCUGUACAACUACUACGCCAAAUAUGUACAUUGCAUCCGAAAAGAGAGCUACAAGUCGAUAGAAUAUCACAUGAUGGCGGCGGCGGUCCCGCAAGAAUCUUCCUAUCGUAAUCACAGCAUCCGAACUCUGGAGAGGAUCAGAGAAAGAAACAGAAACCGAAUGUGUGGAGAAAUACGUGAGUUUCUGAAUAACCUGAAAGACUAAUGCUGCUUUUCCAAUGCAUGGUACGGCUCAACUUAACUCGCUAUUUUUUGGGGUUUUCCAUUCACAAAGGUUUGAGAUUGUAGCCUUGCAGGUACGUAUUUGGUAGAACAUUGGUCGAGGUUCCAAGCGAGCUGAGCCAACACUAGAAGAGUUGGAGACCAUUGGUUGGUUAGAGAGAAUCGUCACUAGCGCGACAUGGUAUCUCCUGCACAGACCCACCUUUUCCAAGCUAUUGUCAAUAGAGACCGCAAUUAGUUCCUUCACCCCGCUCAGCUUUUACAAAGUGACAGCCUAAAACAUUACACUGUUCAAUGCAAAUUUUGAUGCUACUUAAACGCCUGUGCUGCUCUACAGUCUAGUGCUCCGAAACGGACGUUAUAAGAAGCCAAAGCUGCUUGUGUAACUAGCCAACAUCACACGUGGCAGUAGGUAACAUUAGCCUACUGUUAGCUAGUAGCUACCUACAACACUGUCAAAAUGCUGACAGCUCAACGGUCUAACGUGUGCUGUAUUUCAGUGGAGUAUUCCAAGGGUUCAACAACCUGCAGCUGAAGACACAGAGGAGACUAGCUGC